UGACAGCCCGCGCCCAUGAAAAUUUGAAUCCAGACAGCGCCAAGCGAAGCCGCUGCAACGUGUCUUAAACGUUUGAAGAUACCCCAGAAAAAGGAAAAGGUCACUUUAUCUUCUUCUUCUUCUUACCCUAUUUGUCUCAGUUUCUUCCUUUCCAAUCAAAACCAAAUACAUAGAUGGCUUCUCGUUACAAUUCGUACGACUCAAGAUCUUCAACAACCUCUUCACAUUUCUCAGACCCAUCUUCUUCAACAGAAUUUAAUUACAACCCACAAACAAAAAACACUUCGAGAGCAUUAGUUAAAGCCAAGCCAUCUGAUCUAUCUCAAACGAAGAUCAAAACCAAGAGCAAUGAUCAUAACCUGGGCUCAAUGGUCAAGAAAUUCAUGGAGAAGAGACCAAUGGGUAAAGGGUCUUCGAGUAAUAAAGCAGCAGGGCUCGUGAUUCCUUGUGAUUUGAUUGCUGAGGACUUGAAGAAGACAGCGAGAAAAGGUACGAGCUUUAUUGGGUUGCAGAAGAAAUUGUUUGGGAAGGAGAAAAAGACGGUGAAGGCGUUGACAGAGGUGAAAGGGAAUGUUAAUAGUGGCAAUACAAGGACUUUGGCUAUGGUUUUGAGGAGUGAAAGAGAGCUUUUAAGUGCUAAUAAAGAGCAGGAGAUGGAGAUUGCUGAGUUAAAGUUGAUGCUUGAGUCCAAGAACAGAGAAGUUGAGAAGUUGAAGGAUUUAUGCUUGAAGCAAAGGGAAGAGAUUAAGGCACUAAAAAGUGCAAUUCUUUUUCCUGAUGUAAUGAAUUCUCAGCUUCAAGAACUAUUAGAGAAGCAAGGAUCCGAAUUGAAGCAAGCCAAACAACUCAUUCCAACUCUCCAGAAGCAGGUCACUUCUCUUACAGGCCAAUUACAAUGCCUCGCUGAGGAUCUUGCUGAGGUGAAAGCUGAUAAAUAUACAAGGGCAUGCAUCCAAAAUCAUGGAAGCUCGCCAAGGACACCAACAUAUGAUCAUGAGGAAGCCACUAAUUCAUUAGUUUAUCACUUUAUUCAGGAGUUCAGCUCCUGUGAUGCUGCAAGCCCUGGCAGUCCAGAUGACAUGUUUCCAAAGGAUUUCAAUCCGUGUUUAACUCCUUAUUAUGCCAAGACAAAAUCCAAGGAAUUUGAGGCUAUUGGCUAUGAUUCUCCACUUGAGGAAAGCUUAUCCGAGGAAAAUAGGCAAAUGUCUAAUGAACUUAGGUUCAACUCUCGAAUCAGGAAGAUGUCUAAGAGCUCUGAUUGCUACAAGAUCAACAACAAUGCAGGAAGCACAAAGGUGAGAGCAACCCACAGAUCAGAUGAAAGCAAAUGCACAUAUGGAAAGCAAAUUUCCCUAAGACAUUUUUGAUGUCUUACUUGUUUCGACGAAGCAUUCGCCCUUAGUUUUUGUUAUUAUGGACUACAGUUGCGGUAGAAAGCAGAGACAUCAGACUUAAGUUAGUAGCUCCUAGCUGUACAUGGUGCAAUUCAAGCACUUGAAUAAGGGAUGAAAAGCUACAAUUGCAAGUCAGAAAAGUUGUCAUAUGCCUUACAUUGUGCUGUUGUUCAAGUCCGCAUCAGUAUCUGAAUCGUAAUACUAAAAUUUUGCUGCUGCCAAAUUUCAUUUCCUCUGUAACUUUGCCCAAAAGUCUUUCUUCUUUUUUAAGUAUUUAGUAGCUUGCAGAAAUAAUGCGCUUAUUGUUCUUUGUCAUGCUCAACUAUUAACAUUCAGUUUCUAGUUACAUUGUCAAAUCUGAUAUAAGCAAUCUCAUCAA